GGGCAAGAGAGAGAGAGAGAUAGAGGGGGAGAUGGUGGGAGGGGUCUGAUGUGGUAGACGUCACGGCUUGUGUAGGGGAGUAUAGGCUGUGUUGUCAGCCUGGUGUCAGUCUGAUGAAGAUUGGCAUUCAGACUGUCUGGAGGGCUGUGCACCGUGGGACCAAUGCCAAAAUCAGAUGCUCUGAUGCUGAGAACAAGCAAACUAGUCUCCAUGUGAAGCUGUCCCAUGAUGCAACAUGUGUCCCCAGCACCAGCAUUAACCAUGAUGGCCACACAAAGCGUUCCUCCACCAUCGUACCAGGAGAGCCAACAGAUGACAGGCACUACACAGCAAAACUCAAAGGCCCAGCAUGUUCACAUCUCUGCAGCCUCAGCAGCAGGGUCCACCCCAGUCAGCGUGACUCUUGACCCCCAAGCCCAACUGGAGUCAGACAAACGGGCUGUUUACAGACAUCCUCUAUUCCCUCUUCUGGCUUUGCUGUUUGAGAAGUGUGAGCAAGCCACACAGGGAUCAGAAUGCAUCACCUCGGCCAGCUUUGAUGUUGACAUAGAGAACUUCGUCCACCAGCAAGAGCAGGACCACAAGCCUUUCUUCAGCGAGGACCCAGAACUAGACAACCUGAUGGUCAAGGCAAUCCAGGUGUUGCGGAUCCACCUGCUGGAGCUGGAGAAGGUGAACGAACUCUGUAAAGACUUCUGCAACCGUUACAUCACCUGCCUCAAGACCAAGAUGCACAGUGACAAUCUGCUACGGAACGACCUGGGCGGCCCGUAUUCCCCAUCACAGACCAGUCUCAGCCUGCAUCAGGAUCUGCUCCAAAACUCAUCCCCAUCUCUCACCUCUGUCUCCAGCACAGUAAACCCCUCUGGGAUCGUGGUCCCUGCCGGCUCACUGCAACAGAACAACGUUGCCAUGACCACUAUCAACUCUCAGGUGGUAUCAGGUGGAACGCUGUAUCAGCCGCUGGCAAUGGUAACCUCACAGGGGCAGGUGUUAACACAGGGGUUACCGGAGGGAACCCUCCAAAUCCAAAACAAUCAGGUGAACCUGGUCUUGUCUUCACUCUUGGACGGCGAUGACAAGAAAUCAAAAAACAAACGAGGUGUUCUUCCCAAACAUGCCACAAACAUCAUGCGUUCCUGGUUGUUCCAGCAUCUCAUGCACCCUUAUCCCACAGAAGACGAGAAAAGACAGAUCGCAGCACAAACAAAUCUUACCUUGUUACAGGUGAACAACUGGUUUAUCAAUGCCCGCAGGCGUAUACUACAGCCCAUGUUGGAUGCCAGUAAUCCUGACCCUGCUCCUAAAGCCAAAAAGAUGAAAUCUCAGCAUAGACCGACACAGCGCUUCUGGCCUGACUCCAUUGUAGCUGGAGUCCUGCAGACACACGGAUCCCACUCAACAAACAACUCAGACAGUUCUCUGGGCAUGGACGGCCUGCAGUCUCUAUCCUCGGAUUCUGCCACACUGGCAAUGCAGCAAGCCAUGCUGGGUGCUGACGAUUCCAUGGAUGGCACGGAGGAGGAAGACGAAGAAGAGGAGGAAGAGGAGGGAAUCGAUGAUGAAGAAGAUGAGGAGGAGGAUGAAGAAAGUGAGGGAGGCAGACACAUGGCUGGUUCUGCCCAGAGAGAUCUGGGCCUUAAUCACAACAAUGGACUGGAAUAAAGGACCAGAGACACGAAAAUGACAUAAUUAUCUUAAUUCGUACUUAUACUAUUCCCAUGACAACACUUAAAACAUUGUCUGAAUGGUUUCCGUCGGACACUAAGUGCCAUGGAACAGCCGAUGAGAAUUAGGAAGAGGGGCAUAUAAAAAAUUUGUUGGACUUCUGAUUUGUUUUAAUGGGAUAGUUCACCCCAAAAUUAAAGCUUUGUCAUCAUUUACUUCUGCAUUUUUGUCAUAAUCGAUUGUGUUUAAUAAACCAAUUUAUUUUGAUACUUUAAAGAUAUGACUCUCGUGGAUGUUAAUUGGGUGUUAUUUGCAACUCAAACAUGUAAUUACAUUGUUAUAAAUUGCCUAUUACAUAUUAAUACAUGCCAAUGUUCAUUAAGUUACCAGAUUCACUACUGAAAACAGAAAAAUAAAUCACAUAAAUUUGCCUUUGAUAACUAGAACUCAAAGUGCAGGAAUUUUCAAUGUAUUUAAGAGCUACCAGGGGAAUUUCAUAAACAUACAAAUGAUAAACAGACUUCAUAGCAAGGAUUGACCCUUCUUUUGUGUUCCACCAAAGAAAUAAAGUCAUACUGGUUUGAAACAAAACGAGAAUGAGUAAAUAAUGACAGAAUUGUAAUUUUUGUGUGAAUUAUCCCUUUAAAUAUUAGAUUUUGGGGUAGGAAACAUGAGGAACAUUACAGUUUUGCAAAGCGCAUACUGAAUAUUGGGCAGUUUGCCAACCAGUCAUGCUACUCUCAUGCAUAUAAUCCAUUCAAGCCUUACUUUGUUAAAUGUUUCCUUGGUUCUCAGGUGUCCUAGCAUGACAUAGUGUCUACCCUCUCUUAAAAUCAUAUUGAUAAUUACCAUGCAAUGAGUGGAUGUUUUAGGCAUGUUAUUUCUGUUUUUAUUUUUGUAGAGUCUUGGAAGUUUAAAAAAGAAUCAAAAUUCCUGACAGCACAAUGUAUGUACAUUUGAUAGUGAUGCAUUUAGUCAGACACUUAAUAUUUAUUUUCUAAACUGUCAAAAGGCAAUGGCACAAUCAACUAUGAUGCUGCCACCUGGAUCUCUGCUAUUCACAGUUUGAUUAAACAUGAAGGCCACGUUGUUUUGAGUAAAAAUCUCAACCUUUUUCAAAACAAAAUCACGUUGGGAGACUCAACAUAGAGUGCCAAGCAUCUCCUCUGUGUAAGGAACAAAGCACUUGUGCCCUUCCAAACCAUAGGACCUACAAAUGACGUUUACUGAAGAAUACUGGUGGAAUUAAGACAUAUUUGCAGGUGCGUAUCAACAAUGAAACGUCCCUCUUUAUUUCAUGUGAAGGACAAAACAAACUGAUGAUAUUUCUAAGCUUUUGAGCUUAUUGUGUCUACAGAUUUAAUCACCUGUUUCUGAUGUGAUGUUUAGAAAAGACAGAGAAUGUUUUUGAAUGUUAUUGCAGUUGGUCUUUGUGAAGUACAUGUUUUUCAUUAUCCUUUUCUUGGUUGUUUUUUAAAUGGUUCUUCCAGAGAAACUGAUGAUAUUGGAGGUUUUCAAUUUGUUUGUAUACAUUGUUGUCAUAAUCUAUUGUGUUUCAGUAGACCAUUUUUGAUAAUUAAAAUAUAUGAUUCUAGUGGAUGUUAAUCGGGUGUUAUUUUGCAACUCAAACCAUGUUAUUGCAUUGUAAUAAAUGGUUAAUUACAAAUUAAUAUGCACAUAUUUUCAUUAAGUUACCAGAUGCUUUCGGCAUUAAGUGCACUACUGAAAACAGAAAAAAUUAUCAUAGAAAUUUGUCUUUUAUUACUAGAACUCGUGUUGAGUGCUGGAAAAUAAUCAACGUAUUUAAGAACUACCAAGGCAAUUUCACAGCAAGGACAGAUUUCACAGCAAGAAUUGUCCCGUCUGGAACCAUGGCCUCCAGUAAUGCUUGUUUGACAUUUAUUUGUAGCUGUAUGAUCUGUAUGAAUUGCAUGUCCAAACCAGGAAUCUUAAUGUUCAUUUCAAUAAUAAGUACAAUAUAUAAUUCUGUUGGGGUAGAUGUAGCCUACUGAUUCAAAAUCAGGGUUCUAACACAAAGGUUACAGGUUCAACAACAAAUAGACCCAAAACCUAAAUUGACUUGCUCAGAUUUAAUGAAAUCACAAUUCUGCCCCAUCAUAGUAGCUUGUAUAACUACAGCUGUUACAGUAUAUAAGCUAACAAUGAUUUUUAAGAUAUAGCUAUAGUUAAUUAAGCUACGACAAUGGAUCAAAAUAUCUGAUUAUAGAUUGUUCUUUUGUUUGUUUUUUAGUCUUUGUUAGCAUUUGUAAUUCUGUAAUUCCUUUAUCCAGUAUAGUGUAA